GCCCUGGAGCUGUUAGACAGGAUGGCCACAGGCGCUGGCGAGUGCCCCGGGAAGGCCACUCAGUACCGGGUGGAUCACCUCCUCAGCGCGGUGGAGAGUGAGCUGCAGGCCGGCAGCGAGAAGGGUGACCCUACGGAGAGGGAGCUGAAAGUUUCCCUGGAUGAGAGCGAGCUUUGGCAAAAAUUUAAGGAUCUUACGAAUGAAAUGAUUGUUACAAAGAAUGGCAGGCGCAUGUUUCCCGUGCUGAAAGUGAACGUGUCUGGAUUGGAUCCGAACGCCAUGUAUUCUUUUUUGCUGGACUUUGUAUCGGCGGACAACCACAGGUGGAAAUAUGUGAAUGGGGAGUGGGUCCCCGGAGGAAAGCCUGAACCUCAAACUCCCAGCUGUGUGUACAUCCAUCCGGACUCUCCAAACUUCGGAGCGCACUGGAUGAAAGCUUCCGUCUCCUUUAGUAAAGUUAAACUCACCAAUAAACUCAACGGAGGAGGUCAGAUAAUGUUAAAUUCCUUACACAAAUACGAGCCACGCAUCCAUAUAGUGCGCGUAGGAGGCCCGAGGAGGAUGAUCACCAGCCACUCUUUCCCAGAAACACAGUUCAUUGCAGUAACAGCCUACCAAAACGAAGAGAUAACUUCCCUUAAAAUAAAGUACAAUCCUUUUGCCAAGGCCUUCCUAGAUGCAAAGGAGAGAAGUGAUACCAAAGAGAUAAGAGAAGAUGCCAAUGAAAACCAACAAUCAACUUACUCUCAGUUAGGGGGCUGGUUUAUUCCUGGGACAGGCUCCCUCUGCCCUCCUGCCAGUCCUCACAGCCAGUUUGGGAGUCCUAUCUCCCUCUCACCAUCCCACGGCUGUGAGCGCUACUCCACUCUGAGGAACCACCGCUCUGCCCCCUACACCAGCCCGUACGCCCAUCGGACUAACUCGCCCACUGGUUACACCGAUAACUCCUCAGCCUGUCUGUCGAUGCUCUCAAGCCACGAUAACUGGUCCAGUCUGCCGAUGCCAACACACUCCAGCAUGAUGCCCAUGGCUCACAAUUCCACCCCUGGUACCAACUCUAGUCAAUACACCAGCCUGUGGUCUGUGAGUAACUCACCCCUGACUCCCGUGUCCCAGAAUGGUGGGAUAAACAACAGCCUGAGCUCCCAGUUCCUUCGGGGGUCCAGCAGCCACUAUCCAGGACUGUCCCACUCAGUCACAGUGCCCUCCUCUGGCUCUCCCAUGUAUGACAGUGGCACAGCCACAGAGGUUCACGACACAGCUCAGUAUGACACUCCUCCACAUGGGCGACUACCUUCAGCCUGGACCCCUGUUACGCCUCCGUCUCUCUGAUGGAAGUGCCUGUGCAACCUGGGUGAGAGGCAGCCAUGAAAUGUUGUCUUGAUGUUUGAGCUGAUCUGACUUAAAGGAAGAAUCAGCCCCAAAUUAAAUAGGUUUUAUUUUUUUAUAAAUCAAAUUUCACCAACAAAUAACUGUUGUCAGUUGUUGUUUUCAGUGUUUGAAUUAACAAGAUUAAGAUCUUCACAAUCCAAGAAUUUUAUUCACUUUUCAGUUGGUACAAAUAAAAUUCAGCAGUGACUUAGAGUUCUUGAACUAACACUUACCUAGAUUUUCUAUGUUUUCUAACUCAGAAAACAUAUAUUUUAUAUUAUAUUUUAAUGUUUGUGACCAAAAACCAUUUUUAACCUGCUUAUAUUAAGCGUAAGUCUAUGAUAUUCACAGAAGUAGGCAAAAAAUGCACAGCUGAAAAAUAUUCAAUAAUUUAAAAAAUUGUUUAUAGUGUAAAUUUGAAAGCAAUCAAGGUUUUACCUGUAAAUACAUACAUGAAGCUUUUUGUACCACAGUGAUGCUGUUUGAGAUAUUACAUUCCAGAUUAUUGAAAAAGGGGAGCCAAUGUCAAUAUUCUGCUAUGCAGAUGAUACACAACUUUCCAUGUUAUUUAAAAAAACAUAUCAAGUGGCUGUUUUUCAUCAAUACAGCAUUGAAAAGCUUGAAUGUGCUUCACUGCUCACUACACUGCUCUUUAUCUUUUUUAAACUGUCAGAUUUCAUCCACUUUGGUUACAGUGUCCUUUUCUUUUUCUAUAGUUGAUACACCAUGGGGAAUUUUUUAUUUUGUCAGGUACAUUCAGUCAGCUGUUUGCCUCUCCAGCAGCUGCUGAUAGGCAGAACAUAAUUAGAAUAUGCACUGUUAAAACUUCAAAUUGCAUUUAUAUUAAUUUAAAAUAGGUUAUUACAUUUUUGGCAUAGUGUUAAAACCAGUGACGUCACCUUCAACAUAUGCAGCAAACGUGUCUUCUAACUCAGCUCAUCCUCUGUCUCCCUUUUUCAGAGUAGAGCAGUAGAGAGGGAGCAUUUUGCACACAUGGGUGAGGAAUUACAUAUGUGUACAUCUUAGGGAGGGGAGGGAGGGCUGGACUGCCGGGACUGUAUAGACUGUGUGUGGAUGUCAGGGUGAGAAACCCCAGAGAUCAACACUCGGCUUUAACCCUCUCACCCUGGUCGCAUUCACAUUUCCCUGACAUGAGCACAGUUUGCGCCUUAAGGAUGUAUGGUCAAACAUGAUCAUCUCCUGUGUCUCAGAUCUUGUGAGGGUUUCUAUUGUGUUUACUCAGAGAGGUACCAACUCACUUUGAAAUUUAGAUAUCUUCAGUUUAAUAAAACAUAUUUUUCACACUUUGAACUUCAGGACACACAGAGCUUUUUAGCACCACGCUGUCAUAGUGCAAGCCAUAGUUCAGCCAGGACAUAC